AUGGGAACUUUAUUUUCUUCGUGUACUAAAGCGAAUGAUCGUGAAUGCUCGUCGUCACAAGAGGAGACCCUGGCGAAGGAGAAGAGAACGAGAAGAAAAAAGAAAGAAAAACCGCCAAAAACCAGAAAGAGCUUGCGAACUUCCGAAGCAAAAGAUAAACUUUCCGUUACUUCUGUGAAAUCUUGCAGCAGUGCCUGUAGAAAGAGCAAGUCAAGUUUAAGUGAAAGAGCGCAAUCAACUGUAGAUUUAACCGUAAUUGGCCGUGCAAUCCCGAUUUUAGAAGCAUCGAUUACCACUGAGUUCGAGCCACGUGCAUCAAAUACACAAGUUAUUAGGGUGCAGCCUAAUAACACGAGCGAUUAUUCCUCAGAGGAAUCUUCUCAGUGUACAGGACUCAAGAAACCUUUAACCGGCACUGAAACAAGCGCCUCAUUAUUAACUCCGCCUGUGGUAGAGGCGAGUCAUAGCGAAAGCUACAACGAUCCAGUAUGUCAUGGUGAAGAAUCAAACAAAUCUGUCCCAACAGGACAAAAAUCUAAAGAGCAAGAAACUCCUGCACGAAGCAGCCAUUCUCAGCUACUUGAACUGCUUAGAAUACGGCUUGACAUGGCUGCCAACAACAUGGAGAUUAACAGACUAAUGACAAACGUCGAUAGGGCUCUCGAUAGAACAACUAGAGCCCUCGAGCUUGGCUUCCAACGCAUUAUGGCUGCUCGAAAAUCAAGGCGCAUCCACGCCUUAUCGCAGUUCCAGGAGCAAUCUUCUGCUAUGGAAGAAGAGAUGGAUUACAAUGAAGACGAGGAGGAGACUGGUACCACCGGGGAGGAGACAUGCGGCGAAGAUGACGAGUCAAGUGCUGAAUUUGAGACUGAAGGAGGCGAUGAAAGCGACGAGGAAGGUGAAAUCCGUCCACCCCUUCGACCAAGAAUUUGUUGGCAAUAA